AUGGCGGCGUGGGCGCGCAGCCAGUGGGCCGCACCCGGCGUGCCCGCGCCCUCCGCCUCGGACCAAGCGGCAGUCGAGGCGGUCGCGGCGGCGGCGGCGGCGGCCGCGGCGGCCGCCGCGACGGCGGUGAUCGAGGCGGCGGGGGAGCAGGUGUCGCGGCGCAUCAGGCAGCGCGCGCCGCAGGCGCUGCUGCCGUUCCUGGGGCCCCAGGGCGACACCCCGUCCCUGCCCCUUCCCCUGCCGCUGCCGGUGCCAUUGGCCUUGCCCGCCCCCACCGGGGCAGCGGCGCCGCCGCUGCUGGCCGCGGCAGCGGCCGGCGGCCCCUUCUUGCCGCCUGCCCCUCAAGGGUCGGGCGGGCCCGCCAUCGCCGUUAUUUCAGACCCGUGGGUGGCACGUGGCGCCGCGCGCGCCGCCGCUGCCCGGACGCGCCUGCAGCCGCAGCAGCAGCCGCAGCAUCCGCAGCGCGGGGACGGCGACGGCGGCGGCGGCGGCUCGGCGGGCGCGGUGGCGGACGGCGCGGAUGCGCAGCGGCAGGCCCCGACAGCCAACGAGCGCGCGGCCGCGGCCGCGGCGGGUGGCGGGGAGCGGGUCGCGGCAGGUGCUGGGAAGCUGCCGGGCGCGGGUGUCAGCGGCGCGGGCACUGGGCCAACCUCGGGCUCAAACAAGGCGAGCGACACCGGCACUGGCGGCGCGCGUUCGCAGCCACAGAACGCGGCUGCGCCGCUACCGCAAGAGGAGCAGCAGCAGCAGCAGCAGCAGGAGCAGGAUGCCGCCGCGCAUGCCAUCAACGGGCCGCGCAGCAAGGCCGGAGGGGGCGGGAGCGGCAGCGGCGGCAGCAGCUUCACACGCGCAGGGGCGCAGGCCGCGGCCGCCCAGCCGACGGCGGGCGGCGCCCAGCCGCCCUCGGCGGGCGCGGACGCAGCCGCGGCCGCGCCGGCAGCAGGGGGGACGGACGCAGAUGCGUGUGCGGCUGGCGUUGAGCCGGUCAAUGAGGGCUUCGAGCGGGCUGGCAUGGCCGACGCCGCGGCCGAGCUGCAGCUACAGCAGCGCCAGCAGGAGCAGGAGCAGCAUCAGCUACAGCAGCAGGCACGGGAGCAGGAGCAGCGGCGCGCGGCCAUGGCCGCGGCCGCGGCUGCUGGACCCUGGGGGCCCGACUUGUUUGGUUUGGGCCACCUCCUGGGCGGCGCCGCGGCAGGCCCCUAUUCGCACCCUGCGUGGAACGCGCUCUCGAUGGGCAGCAGCGCCGCCGCGCCCGCGCCCGCGCCCCCGCCUGGGGCCGGGGCCGCGGCCUUCUACGGCGCCGCGCCGUUUGCCGCUCUGCUGCUACAGCAGCACCAGCUGCAGCAGGGCAUCGCGGCGGCGGCGAUGCACUCCGCCGCGGCCGCGGCGGCGGCCGGCGCGGCGCCCGGGGGUGCCGGGCCGGGCCAGGGCGGCGCGCCCCACCACCACCGUCACGACGAGGGCGCCGCCGCCGCCGCGGCAGCGGCGGCCCUGGGUGGCGCGGCGUGGCGGGACGCGCUGUACGCGUCCACGUUCCUCCCCUCCUCUGAGGGGGCGCAGCAGCAGUGCCACCGCAAGCUGCCACCCGCGGCGAGCGCGGCGCCGCCGCCGGCCCGCUGCGGCGACGGCGGCGCCGAUGGCGGCGGCAGCGGCGGGGCGGGAGCAGGCCGCAGCGGCCGCGGCCCGCCAGGCGCGCGCGGGCGAGGCCGCCGCGUCGGCCGCGGCGGCGCUGGCGAGCAGCCUGCACGCGCUUGCCGCAGUGGGCACGUCGGCGCCGCCAGCGGCAGCUGCUGA